GGCAGUGAUGGAUAAAGUGUUGGAGAUGGGAGAAGGCAUCAAAGUCACAGAUGCUCCAGUCCACACCAGAAGGGAUGAUUUGGUUGCCAAUAAAUCAAAGAAAAGAGAACUUUCAAACAGCAGUGCUAAUGAAAAGAUAAAAGAACAACUUUCUGCACCAGAAAAGGCUGAUGAGAAAGAUACUUGCAUGGAAUUUGACACAACACUUGAAUGCACUGGAAACGGCAGCCGAGAUGUCGAUCACACCAGAAUCCCAGGCCUGGAUGGCUUUCCUUCUAGUCGACCAUCAACUCCUUUAUCUGAACCUCAGGUUGAAGUUCCAGUCUGUAUGGCACCAUCCACCAGCUCGAAUCAAAGGGAGGCUCGACAGAUUUCAAAAGAGACUGAAGUGAAGAAAGUUAGUGCUCCUACGCAGGUUCUUGUGAACCAACAGAAGACACUGCUGCAUCAGCCUGACACUCCAGCACAAGCCAAGAACUUCUCGUCUAAUUCUGCAGAAGUUAAGCCCAGUAUUCAGCCAGACAUUGUUGAUCGCCCUGCCUCAAUUGGCAAUUCCCAAAAAGCUGUGCAGCCCCCUGUUUCAGAAAGCUGCAAGACCCCCGUAAUGGUGGUCAGUUUAACUCCUGAGGCUAUAAAAGAGAAGCAGACCUUUUACAACAAACUCUACAAAGCUAUAGCGUGGAAGUUGGUGUCAGCUGGUGGUUUCAGCAAUGAGCUUAACCAUUUGAGCAUUUUGACUAACUGCAUACAGUCAGUAAAGGGGACCCUUGAAAGUGUGUGUGUUCCCCUGAAAGAUAUUUCUGAAUUGCAUUUACCACAAAGCUCUGCACGUGAAGGGAUUGUUUGUGAACUAAGGUGCAAGGCUGUGUAUUUGGCAACAGGAUAUGGCAAAUGCAAAGUGAGUGCCAAAGACAUGGCAGCAAAAGAGGCAAUGAAAUUGUUCUUGAAACACAGGGUUACGGUGAAGAUAUGUAAAAGAAAAUUCAAAGGAAGUGAAAUUGAGGAUUUAGUACUUUUGUGUGAAGAAUCAUAUCGGUUAAACCUAGCUCCUGCAUUAGUGAAUCCCUCAGAACCUAAUACAAGGUAAAAAAAAAAAAAGAAGCGUUUUGUAAAUCUUCUAAUGAAGUAAUUGGAAAAGUGUUAUGUGUGUGUAUAUACUUAGAAAAAUGCAACAGAAUUCUUAUAUUACUUGAUGAUUGUAAAAGGCACAUAUUGCAGUUGUAGUUAGUUGUUUGUUUCGUUUGAGAUAAAAAAAUGAAAGCUGCAGUGCCUUACAAUUUCUAAAAUUGAAAGAAAUAUUGUGGUCAAGUUUUUUUUUUCUGGACUGUUGGUGCAAAUCUAAUAUGAAUAAGUACUAUUGAACUUGAAGUACCCUUCAAUUUACAAUAAUUAAUGUUCUUACGACUACUUGAAUUAGCAUAAAGGAGAAACAGACAAUAUAUCUUGUAUUUUUUUUGUAAUGUGUAUAGUAGAUCCUCUGUGAUACUCCAUCAUUGUGUCCAGGUACUAAUUGAAGUGCCCUCUUAUUCCACGCCAGCAAUAUGACUUAAUUUCAAAAUAAAGCUGUCUAUGUACCAGUUAUGGAUAACCCCCACAACGUGUGUUUAUAAAUGAUCAAAUAAAAAUAAAAUUCUGUAGAUGCUGGACAUCUAAAAAGCAAAGUACUAGUGAAAUUCAAAUCUGGCAGCAUCUGUGGAAAGAGAGCUGAUGUUUUGAGUCCAAUGUCACUUCAAUCAUCGGAAGAUUCUAAAACAGUAAUAUCUUCCCAUUUUAAUUUGUUAACUAUCAAUUUAUUCAAAAGUGUUGGAACUGUAGGUUUAUGGAAUUGGUCCCUAAAAUCUAGGUUAAAAGCACUGAAACUGAAUUUAAUUGGAUAAAUAACUAGAAAGAGAAAAGAUUCAGUCAUGUGACCAGUCUUUUGGUCACCGAGCAAGUUAGCAUACCUUUGGUCAGGGAACCAUGUAUACUUUAGACUGAACAGAGUCUGGAAUAAAGCAUACUACCUAUUUCAGGUCGAAGAUUCUGAUCAUAUCACAGUGCUGCUUUCACUGGACUUAAAUUUAACUACGAGACUGACAUUUCACAUUAGGUGGAUGCUUCAGUUGUAUUUUGUUUGCAAAUCAGCAAUGAGCUGCAACUCUAUUUUGAUUGAACAGGUAUCAUUCCUAACCCUAAACUGAUGUGGCAACCCAGUGAAAGCAAUGAUCCAACCGACCCAAAUUCUGAACUUGAUCUAAAAUGACACAUUCUAUUCUAAAGUUUGCUUUAAAUAAAUUUUAUACAACCUCGUGAAAAACGUAUCAUUUUUGCUGCUCUCAGCUACUUACCUUUCACUUGAGGCAGAAGUGUUCACCCUUUUAAUGUUUUAUUUUCUAUUGCUUGUAAACACUAUUAAAAUCUCUAGUUCUCCCAUCAGUUAAAGAAACAUUAUAGCACCGAGUUUCCAAUAUGCUAAUGUAGAAUUGGUUUAAGAUUUUUUCAUUUGUCAAUUUUUAAUUUUUUUAAUAGUUUCUGAUUUUAUUUUGUUAUUUUAAUGUAUCAGCCAACAUUUCAAUGCCUUAGCCACACAUUUGAUGCCAUCACAAUUUAAAAUAAAGUCAAUUCGGAACUAACAAAUUGAAACACUAAGAUAUUGAAUUAAUACAACUAUUGUGUCAUACAGCAAAUGCUUUCUUACUAACAGAGUCAGCAGAAGCUGAUUAUCUAGAGCAAACUAUGGACUUUACAGACAAUUCUAGUUAGUGAAGGGAGCUGCGUAGUAAGGAAUAACUGCUAUACCUUGUAUUGACAGAUAAGUUUAGAUGAUGGGAGCUGAAAGGCAGAUGUGUACAAGCAAUGGAAUGGAUGUAGUAUUGAAAUUGAGCCCGAAAUAGUUAGUAUCUUAAUUUCUUGAAAUAAUUACCUGGAUGACAAAUAUUGACCUUUUCAAUACCUGACAAAAACCUGCGUAAUAUGUAGUUUUAAUUGUAAGAUUCUCAAUGGGAGCUAUAAUCAAAAUAUAUUUUAAUUCAGUUUUAAUUGAUACUGUACAUGACUUAAUGAGCAGGAUAACCACAAACUAGACGGUGAAGGGAAGAGAUCAAAGAUUUUUACUGUUGCACUUAAGUUGCAUCUUAUGUAUUUUGUGAUUUCGUUCGAAUGUAAGGUUUUGUCUUUAACCUUUCUAUGUCAUAGCCUGUAUUUAUCAGAGGAUUUUGGUACAUUAGAAUGGAUGUGGGAAAUAUUUGUAUUGUCUGUCUCCUCGAAUUGUUGAAACCAGAAGUUCAGUGAUAGAUUUUUGUCAUUCAUGACUUGAAUUGUGUAGAAGGAAUAUUUGGAAUGACACACCAUCAGGCUGAUCCACCGGCAUUUAGAAGCUCAGAUUGGAAGGCUGGUUUUCAUUGAGAGUUCACUUCCCUUUCUGGCUGAGGUUACCAUGGAGGACUCUCCUCCUCAAACCUCUCCCCUCGCCUGAGGUAUAGUGACCAUCCAGGUAAAACCACCACCGUCUCUUUCUAACAAGAAAGCAGCCCUGUGGUCCAGAAGGACUAUGGUGACUUUACCUCUCAAAGCCUUGAAACCCCUUCUGAAAUAUAAUGCCAACAAUGAAGACACUACUCCUUAGACCUACCUAGUGACUUAUAUUACAUGGAAAGAUAAUAUAAAGGGUAAGGAUUCAAUAAUCUACAAAUGUUGAAGUAAACAGUUCCUUUAAUAAAUGUUAACUUAGAAUUGAGGAUUAGUAGACAAAAUACUGACUUUGGGAGAAAUUAGACAGAACUGAAGUAAUUCACAGAAUUGUUACAGCAUAGAAGAAGGCUUUUUCAGGCCUGCAUGCCUGCACUGCCAGUCCAAAUGAACAGUUCUCUCCGUGACAUUCCCCAGCUGUCUCUUCAUAACUCUGUACAUUCUUUCUAUUCAAAUAGCAAUCUACUUCCCUUCUGAAUGUGUCAACUGCACCUACCUGUUAUAUUCUGUCCAGCAGUUCAUUCUAACUCUCACUUCAUCCUUCUCUUUUCCAAUGAGAACAACCCUAAUUUCCCCAACCUAUAUUGACUACUGAUGCUCCCAAUGCUGGAACCAAUAUCGAGAAUCGUUUUGCAUUUUCUCCAAUGUGUUCGCAUCCUCCCUAAAGUGAGGCACUUAGAAUUGGACUCAAUUAAAGUUUUCUUGAGGGAAUGUUUUUGAAUUCAGAUUAUAUGGAAGGUUAGAAUGUCAUGGAAAAUUGGUUUGUAUCAUAGACAUUGAGAGACAUCAUCCACCUACCAUCCAUUUUUACAGUAUUUACAGCACAGAAAUGGCAUUCUUCUCAAUAUGUUCAUAUCUUUGUUUAUGCUUUGUGCAAGCUUCCUUCGACAAUUUUAUUUCCAUAAUAUGGAGACCAGAACUGUUCACAGUAUUUUAGCUGUGUUACAAACAUGGUCCUGUGCAGGUUGAACACAACUUGCCUGCUUUUCAGUUCCACCCUUCUUGAAAUGAAACCCAUGUUCUGUGUGUGCUUUUCUUUAUUAACCUGUGUUACUGUUUUGUGAUUUGUCUGCCUAUUUCACUCAACCCACUGCCCCCGAUCCUUCUGCCAUCUUCUGUCCUUUUGACGCUUAUGCUCCAAGAGUAUGAGGCCUCUUUAUUCUUCACACCAAAAUGCACUUCCUCAUACUAUGUUGAAGUGCAUUUGGCAGUGACACUCAAAAAUCAGUAAGUUUAUUAAUGUCGUCCUGUAUAUUGUCACAAUCUUCCUCUGUGUUAAUUAGACCUUCCCAAAAUGGUGCGCAACCCCCUAAUUCUGUUAUAGCAUUUUUGAUUCCCAAGUUAGUUUAAGUUGUUCGUGUAAAUAAUGAACAGCAGUGGUCCAAGCACUGAUCUCUGAGGCACCCAAUUUUUACUAUUAAAGAAGACUCCUAUGCAGAAGAGUGGUGUUCCAUUUAAAAUUAAUUUGAGUAUUCUUUAUAUAGUAGUUCAGAGUAAUCCUAAAACACAAUUGUAAGCAUUUGUUUUGCAAUAUUGAAAUAGUCAAGCUUUCAUAAGUAAUUUUAAUAGCUGUACAAGAGCAUAUCUGCUUUAAGACAGGAAAAAUAAUGACAGGGAGAGACCUGUUCACACUGUUAAAUUGAACCUUAAAAAUAUUAUUCUGUUCUUCACUUGGCAGGGGUCUCAGCUCUGCUUCCGGCUUUGAGAUUCACCUAAAUGCUUUUAAAUACAAACGCCAAUUUUUUGUCAUUUUUCUAAUUGAAAGGUUAGAUGAAAUUUAUGUUGAUCUACAGACAAUUGGAUAUCUUUUUUGUGUUGUGAGCAACUUAACUUCAAUAACAUCGUUAGCUUAAGUAGACUUUAAUCCCAUUAUUGACGAGUUUGAUUAGAGUAGGAUAAAAAAACAAAAAAUUGUGAAAACCAUUUCAGAAAAUUCAGCAAUUCAGGUAGCAUCUGCAGAGCAAGGAACAGAGUUAGCAUGGCAUUUCAUGAGAAUUGGCUACAAAAUGUUUAAUUUUGCAUUUUCAAAUUACUAUUGAAAAUUGCUUUUGUGUGAUAUUGCAAGUGAUUGUACUUUAAUUAGGUUAAAACCGUCUUGUACUGAAUCCCUUUUUCUGUCCCUUUUAUAUACACAGCAGUUAGGUAAUUGGUUAAAUAAUUUGAAAAUAGAGUUGAUGCCACGCUCUUAUGUUUUCAAAUUUAAAUAUAAUGUUACAAUCUCCAUACAGACCAAUAAUGAUUUAAAGAAAUUUGAAAUCCCAGUUAUUCAUUGAAAAGAAUGUACAAGAUUCCAUGUUUUAGACAUCUUCUACGGUGACAGAUUUCAAAACAAAACAAGUACUACUAAUAAUACAUUUCAUAAGCCCCUGUAACUACACCAAAAAUCUGAACAGAAUUCCUCCCAUUCUACUUUUAAUUUCAACCAAGAAUUCCUUUUAACAUGAAAGUUUUGAGACUGAUCACUUAAUUCUCCUGGAACCAAUCCUAAUCAUAACCCAACGGAUUAUAAGAGUGCCCAGGAAUUCAGUGAUCCUCUUUCAUUUCCCAGUUUUGGAAAUCUCAUUUUCUGCAAGGAUUGCACAGCUGAUCUCUUCUAUUAUCACUAGAUUAAUUUGACAGUGUUUUAUUCCUCAUCAGUUUAGACUUUUCAUUCUCAACGGGGGUCUUGCAAUUCCUGCGCAGUAAUACCAAAUCAGAAAUGCUCCUGGUUCCUGAUGACUCUUUGCCCCUUGUUCUUGUUUUUGCUGGGCACGGAGUGCCCUCUCAGAGUGACUGCCCCACAGGCUAUGAAAACAGAAAUAUAUUAAAACAAAACAAUCUUCCCCUCUCAGCUAUCUCUGUGGUCAUGUGACAGAUGGUCUGUUUUCAGAACCAGUUAAAUUUUAUUUUUCAAACAAAAGAAAGGGUUUAAAUUGUAAAAUCCUUCAUGUACACAAGUCGCUAUAAAACCAUCCUUUGUUUUGGGGUAACUACGUGAGUUAGGAAGUCAUAUUGCAGCUGCACAGGAUGUUGGUUCAGCCGCUUUUGAAGUAUUGAGUACAAUUCUGGUCUCCCUCCUAUAGGAAGGAUGUUGUGAAACUAGAAAUGGUUCAGAAAAGAUAUACGAGGAUGUUGCCAGGGUUGGGAGGUUUUGAGCUACAGGGAGAGCCUGAAUAGUCUGGGGUCAUUUUUCCUGGAGUGCUGGAGGCUAAGGUAUGACCGUGUAGUGGUUGAUAAAAUCAUGGGCAUAGAUAGGGUAAAGGGGCAAGGUCUUUUGCCUGGGCUAGCAGAGUCCAAAACUAGAGGGCAUAGGUUUAAAUUCAGACAGGAAAGAUCUAAAAGGAACCUAAGAGGCAACUUUUUCACAUAGAGGAUGGUGCGUAUUUGGAAUGAGCUGUCAGAGGAAAUGGUGGAGACUGGUAUGAUUACAAUAAUUAAAAAGCAUUUGGAUGGGAAUAUGAAUAGGAAGUGUUUAGCAGGAUAUGGGCCUAUAGCUAGCAAAUGAGAUUUACUUAAGGUAUCUGGUUGGCAUGGACAAGCUGGACCGAAGGGUCUGUUUCCGUGCGGUAUAUCUCUAUGACUCACACUGUGGCUUCACCAUUUUAAUGCCCUUUGACCUGCAGUUACCCCAGGCCUGUCUGCCAGCUAUCUAGAUGAAUCUUUUUUCACCCAUCUACAUUUAAAAUCAGUCUUCAGAACCAGAAUAAUAUCUUACAAACCAGAAGUUACAAUCCUAGUACAUAGUAAUUUUAAGAUUACGCACUUGUAACAGUAGGUUUCUGACCCAUGAAAUGAUUAAGUGUGCACACAGCUAAAGAGAAUGCAUGUAUUUCACUGAUAUUGGGACUAUCAGUGUCAUUGUGAAAGUGAAUUAACAACAUUCUGUUUGUGUAAAAAAAAAGGGUUUGUAAAAUGAUUAAUAUAGAUGCAUAAAUGAAAAUCCUUGGGGGGGUUGGAUUGUGAAAGUAACUAAAGGGAGAUUAAUGAGACAACAUUAGCAAAAAUGUGAAUGCCAAAAUUAAGUUAGAGUCAUAGUCAGACAGCACGGAAAUAGACCCUUCAGUCCAACUAGUCCAUGCAAACAGUGUUCCCAAACUAAACUAGUCCCACCUGCCUGUACUUGGCCCAUAUCCCUUCAAACCUUUCCAAUUCAUGAACUCAUCCAAGUGUCUUUUAAAUGUUGUAGCUGUACCUGCAUCCACCACUUCCUCUGGAAGUUCAUUCCACACAUGAACCACUUCUUUGAAAAAAAAAAAAAAAAUUGCCCAUCAUGUCUUUUUAAAAUCUUUCUCCUCUCACCUUAGUAAUAUACCCCUAGUUUUGAACUCCCCCACCCUAGGGAAAAGACCCUGAUCAUCCACCUUAUUUAUACCCCUCAUGAUUUUAUAAACCUCAAUAAGGUCACCCCUCAGUCUCCUCUGUUCCAGGAGAAAAAGUCCCAACCUUUCCAGUCUAUUUUUAUAUCUCAAACCCUCCAUUUGCGGCAACAUCCUAGUAAAUAUUUUCUGAAACCUCUCCAGUUUAAUAAUAUUCUUGCUAUAACAGGGCGAUGAGAACUGCACACACUACUCCAGUUGCAAUCAUGCAGUGAGUUUGUGUAAAAUACUUGUGUUUCAGGGUUCCAGUUCUUCAAUAUAGACCUUUAAAUGUUAUGAGAAUUAUUUCCUAUAAUCCUUCAUGCACUGAUAAUGUUAAAGUUAAUUCUUAAACAUAUUUCUUGCAUCAUUCAAUGGUCUGAACAGGUAAUGCAGUAUGAGAAGAAUUAAUUUAAUUUUGGCAAUAAAAUUCAAGAUGUAGAUUUGGGAUGUUUUAAAAUACUGUAACCAAUCGGUUGCUUAUUGAAUUUAAAGAUGUGUAGUACCUAGUAGGGCUGUUUUUAUUGUAUUUAGUGGAUAUUGUAAGUAAAGUUUAUGCCAGAAUGGGAGACAGAAAACAAGAGAGUCCCAAUUUCAGUUUAGUAGAUUUUAUGUCUAUUACAUUUGAAUUUAAUGGCCAACAAGUAGCAAUCUGACAUACUGUUUGUUUGAAUUUGAAAGUGGUCUCCUCUGUGCAUUCUGGCCACCAGUGAUCCUUACCAGGUUCAAAGCUUCAGCCAUAAAGGUAGUGAAGCUGAUUUAAAAUGUAAAGAGCUCCUUGUCAGUAUCAAAUGUUCAGGUUACUACACUGUUUAUUACAGGACCAGCACUGUGUACUAUAUUGUGAAAAUUUAGAAGUCAGAAUUUGUACAAGAUUGCUGUCUACUACUGGCAACACAUUUGUUAAAGCAAUCUACUGAUGCACCUUUACCUACUAUAGUACGGUAUGGUCAAUUCUGAGUUGUGCUUGUAAUCUUUUAUCAAUUCGUUAAAGUCAGUGAUCUUCUAUUCUAGAUUUGGUGUAGGCUUUACACAUCAAUAUAAGUUUGUUUCGGAACAUGAUGUAUAAAACAAACCCUUUCAACUGUUCAUCUUUUUGUUUUGUAAUUUUAAAUAUUAAAAAUAUUUCAUCUUUGG